CUUUCAGAUCUGUUGCAGCCUAUACUAUACAUAAAGGCCAAACUCAACAUUUUUCAUAAGCCUUUCCUUUCGGCCUUAAUCAUCAGCUCCCAAUUAAUUCAAAAUUGUUGGAACUGCUUUCCAGCCAAAACUUUGAUCGAUCUUAAUUUCAUUUCCCAAAAAAGAUCUGACUCAAAAAAUUUACGUACUGUUUAAUUAUUUUGAUUGAUAUAUACGUAGAGUCAAUGUCUGCUCUGAAUUAACUGUACUAAUAACGUAUGUAGUCUAUGGUUUGUAUAGUAGCUAGCUUAGCUUGGGAUAGAAAUUAAAAUUGAGGGAGCUGAGGGUGCAAUGGAAGGCAAGCAUAAGGCAGCAGCGAGAGCUUGCGAUUAUUGUAUUGGUAAGAGGGCACGAUGGUACUGUGCGGCGGAUGACGCUUUCCUGUGCCAGGCCUGUGAUUCCUCGGUGCACUCCGCCAACCCUUUGGCCCGAAGGCACGCCAGAGUUCAGCUCAAGACUUUGUCCAAUAUAGAGCCGCCGUCGUGGCACCGAGGCUUCACCCGAAAGCCUCGUACACCUCGUCACGCCCACGGGAGGUACAAUAAUAAUAAUUCAAAACCAGUAGUUCAUCAUGACGUUGUCAAAACCCCUCUCCACCUCAGCAUCGUCCCGGUCCCGGAGAUGUGCAGCGACGAGAAUUAUUCCCAUGACGACGAGAAGGAGGACCAACUACUGUUGUACCGCGUCCCCAUUUUCGACCCGGUCGUGGCGGAUAUCUGCACCACACUCAAUAUUACGGAUUAUGAUGCGGCGGCGGCAGCCUUUAACCAAUCCAAGUGUGCAGGAGGAGGAGGACACGGACACCACAAAAAUUGGGACGGAAAGAGUAGUACUACUACUAUGCCGCCCACGACGACGGAAAUGGAAAUGGAGCUUGCGGAGUUUGCAGCUGACGUAGAGAGCUUGCUAGGAAAAGGGCUAGAUGAUGAAGAGGAGUCGUCGUUUGACAUGGAAGGUUUGGGGUUUUUAGGGGGUAAUAACGUCGAAGAAGAGAAAGCGUCAACGAUGAUGGAGUUUAGCCGCCGCCAUGAGAAAGUAGUAGUGAAGGUUGAGGAAGAGGACGCACCCGCACCCGCAUGCGAAGCAGCUGAUGAUGAUAUUUUCAUGGCGGCUAAUGCUAAUCAUCACUACACUAGUAGUAGUAGUUUAUGUUUUGAUACCCUUGAGCUAAAGUUUGAUUAUGAUAAUGAUUAUUAUUCACCAAAUAAUGAAAAAGAAGAAGAAGGAGAAGAACUAUUAAAAAUGCGUAACAAGUCGACGAUUUUGUUGAAUCUUGAUUAUGAAGCUGUUAUUUUGGCUUGGUCUGACCAGAGGUGUCCUUGGAUUACUGGCCAACGCCCGGAGAUGAACUCCCAUCACGGCUGGCCUGAUUGCAUCAUGCAACGGGGAUGUGGAAGUGGAACAAUCCAUGCCGCCGCGUACGAUGGAGUCGGAGACAUGGGAAUUACGUUCGGACAGGCCGCAAUAGCAGACGACGUAUGGGUAGGGAGAGAAGCAAGGGUAUCCAGGUACAGAGAGAAGCGACGAACCAGACUGUUCUCUAAAAAAAUAAGGUACGAGGUGAGAAAACUGAAUGCAGAGAAGAGGCCGAGGAUGAAAGGGAGGUUUGUUAAAAGGGCCAAUUUUCCAUUGCUCGAUCAACAAAUAGGCCGCCCCGCAUAGUACGUAUAACUGUCAUACGCUGCUACUUUAAUUUUGGUACUUACAUCUUUGUUUAAUUGUUUGUGUAAUUCGGAGUUUGAAUAAGUGACAAUCAUGCUCAUGCUGUAACAAUUUAGUGACGUUGACAUACCAUUUUUACAGGUGUCUUACUUUUUUACUUCCA